CUAAUGAUGCGACAACACUUGAUACCGCGCUGCGUGAUCUUCUUUCUCAUAACCUACAAAAAUUAAGAGUGUCACGCUAAUAUAAAUACGAAUAUAUAUGUGUUUUUCAACAAAACGUUCUGUGAAAUUAAUAUAAUUAAACAUGUAUAAACGCGCGGCGACCGGAGGUGCCAUGAUACUGACGAGAAAUUUAGGAGUUCUUAAGGAUCACACAUGUGCAAAUAUAAGAAAUAAAAUGUUCGGCUCGAACACCUCUCGAUACAAGCCGUUAACUCCAAUAAAUACCAUUAUUAUGUUUGUUCCUCAACAACAGGCGUGGAUUGUGGAGAGGAUGGGCAAGUUUCACAAAAUCUUAGAACCAGGUUUAAACAUUCUGCUUCCUGUUAUUGAUAAAGUUAAGUAUGUACAAAUUUUGAAGGAACUAGCAAUAGAUGUGCCACAACAGAGUGCGGUUACAUCGGAUAAUGUGACCCUAAACAUCGACGCGGUAUUGUACUUAAGAGUAACUGAUCCUUACCUGGCAUCUUAUGGUGUUGAGGACGCCGAGUUUGCUGUAAUUCAAGUAGCCCAAACCACUAUGAGAUCUGAGCUAGGAAAGAUAUCCUUAGAUAAAGUAUUUAGAGAAAGAGAGGAACUAAAUGUUGCUAUUGUAGAAAGUAUCAACAAAGCCAGUAGUGCAUGGGGAAUAAAGUGUUUGCGAUACGAAAUACGUGAUAUAAAAUUACCGCAACGAGUACAGGAAGCAAUGCAGAUGCAGGUAGAAGCUGAACGUAAAAAACGUGCUGCUAUAUUAGAAUCUGAAGGUAUCAGAGAAGCUGAAAUAAAUGUGGCAGAAGGCAAAAGACUUGCGCAAAUUUUAGCUUCAGAAGCGGCACAGCAGGAACAAAUAAAUAAAGCCAGCGGAGAAGCUGCUGCUGUGGUGGCGAUAGCAGAGGCACGGGCGAAAGGGUUGCAAGUAGUUGCGAGCGCUCUUCGUACUGUGGACGCAAAAAAUGCCGCAGCGCUUAGCGUAGCGGAACAAUAUAUCAAAGCAUUUAAUAAGUUAGCAAAAGUUAACAACACGUUAAUAUUACCGAGCAAUGUGGGAGACAUUUCGACAUUUGUAGCUCAGGCGAUGACAAUUUAUAAGCAAGUAAUGCCGGGACAUGCUAACAAUCACCAAGUAAAGCAAGUAGAUCAAAGAAACACAUCAGUUGGUGAAGAUUCGGAUGAAAUAUUCGAAUAUUUUAGUGAUAAAGAAGAAGCUGAAAAGCACAAGAAAGAGAAACAAAAAUCCUAGAAUAUAAAAUAUUUAUAUCUAUAUUGU